AUGGCGAAAGGAAGUCGACCAGUUGGGGAAACAAAUAAUGACAAUUCUGUAGCAGAAAUUGGGGAUUUACGGGAUAUGAUGCAAAAUUUGGUAAUAGAGAUGGGGAAUUUAGCUGGUAAGGUCUCAUCCUUGGAGAAAUUAGAUCAUGCAGUGAUGGAAUUGAGGAAUCAGAUUUCAGCAGAAAAUCGCAGGGGUACUGUUCCAUUGGGACAGGAGGGUGUUUCUGAUGGAAAUGAUGAGAAUGUUGGUCAUGACGAGAAAGUUACAGUUGCAGCUCUGCAAUUGGAAGGGGAGGCCAUCCAAUGGCAUUUGUCAUUCAUGCGAUAUAGACCAUACUUACAACCACCCAAUUGGGGUGACUAUGUGAGGGCAUUGGUUGAUAGAUUCGGUACUGAUUUUGAUGAUCCCAUGGAGGAAAUCAAAAAGAUCAAGCAAGUUGGUAGUGUAAAGGAUUAUCAGUCGGUGUUUGAGAGAAACUUGACAAGGGUGAAUUUGUCACAAGGGUAUGCUAUUAGCUGUUUUAUUGGGGGUCUGAAACCUGAGUUGAAUAUUGCUGAAGAUCACCAAUCCUACUUCAUUAUCUCAGGUGUACAGGAGUGCAAGAAUGCAGGAAGCAUACCUGCAGGCGGUAGCAAUAAUUCCAGCUUUUCUAAAGGAGUCGGUAGAAGAACUGUGAGCUUAGAGGAGAUGAAUGAAAAAUGGGCCAAAGGGUUGUGUUAUUUUUGCUCUGAAAAAUACACGCCAGGACACAAGUGUAAAACUUCUAAACAGUUAUAUUUGUUGGAAGUGGAUGAAGGGGAUGAGUUGCAGGAUUCAGUAGAGGAUCAAGGGAAUAUCUUGCAAGAAUCACAGAGUGACACGUUAGAUUUUGGGCAACCUGUGGAGCACAUGGAGAUCUCAAUGCAUGCUUUAAAUGGGUCAUUAGGUUUUAGGACUUUGAAAGUAACUGGGUAUCAUUCUAAAAUGGCAUUACAUAUCCUCAUUGACAUUGGUAGCUCUCAUAAUUUCAUAGAUCCUGGUUUAGUCAAGCAGUUAGGGUGUGAGGUGAAGUCCAUUAACACUGAGGUGGUUGCUGCAGCUAAUGGAAGUAUGAAGGUGGACAAAAUGACUACUGUCACUUGGUUGCUACAGGAAGCCGGGUUUGUAGCUGACUUUCUACUACUUCCACUAGGUUCAUGUGGGGUUGUGUUGGGGGUUCAGUGGUUGUUAACAUUAGGUGAUAUCAAGAUGAAUUUCAGGAGUUUAACAAUGGAGUUUUGGUACAAGGGUAGAAAGCAUUUACUCAAGGGAUCUAGCAGUCAAGUAGUCCCUCAAGGGAGUGAUGAAAUGAAGGAGCAUGCAUUGGAAAAUGACAAACAGGAUGAGGAAAAUCCUGCAUUAUUGGAGGUAUUAUCAGAAUUUUUUGCUCUAUUUGACGAUCCUGUUGGUUUACCACCUUCUAGAGGUAUAUUUGAUCAUAGAAUUGUACUACAAUCUGGUGUGGAGCCUGUGAAUAAGAGACCCUAUAGAUAUCCUUCAGUAAAAAAGGAUGCUAUUGAGGGUCUAGUACAACAAAUGUUGGAUCAAGGGAUUAUACAACCUAGUUGUAGUCCUUUUGCGUCACCAGCUGUGUUAGUAGGCAAAAAGGAUGAGUCAUGGAGGUUAUGUGUAGAUCAUAGGGACUUGAAUAAGUCUACUAUCAAGAACAAGUUUCCGAUUCCUAUAGUGGAGGACCUAUUGGAUGAAUUGGGAGGGUCCAAGAUAUUCUCUAAAAUAGACUUAAGGUUUGGAUAUCAUCAACUACGAAUGGCUAAUGAGGAUGUGCCUAAAACUGCUUUCAGAACUCACGCUGGGCAUUUCGAGUACUUGGUCAUGCCCUUUGGAUUGUCAAAUGCUCCAGCCACAUUUCAAGGAUUAAUGAAUUCCGUGUUCCAGCAAUUUCUAAGGAUUGAAUACCUAGGUCACUUUAUCACAACGGAGGGUGUGCGGAGGGUGUGUCUACUGAUCCUCAGAAGAUCAAAAGCAGUUAAAGGUUGGCCUGCCCCAACUACUCUUAAGCAGCUGAGAGGGUUCUUAGGCUUAGCUGCUCAACAAACCUUUGUACAAUUGAAAGAGGCACUAACUCAAGCACCUGUCUUGGCUUUGCCUGAUGCAAGCAAGACUUUUAUUGUUGAAACAGAUGCUAGUGGCUAUGGGAUAGGGGCUGUGCUUAUGCAGGAAGGGCAUCCUAUAGCUUUUAUUAGUAAAGCUUUGUCUCCCCGGCAUGCUGCCUUAUCAGUAUAUGAUAGGGAGUUAUUGGCAAUUGUUCAGGCCGUUACUAAGUGGUCUCAAUACUUACUAGGUCAGAGGUUUGUUAUUAGGACUGAUCAGAAAGCCUUAAAGUUUCUUAUGGAGCAAAAGUUGCAUACUAAUUCUCAAUUGUUGUGGUUGACUAAGCUCAUGCCAUUUGAUUACUCUAUUGAGUACAAAAGGGGCAUUGAGAACAAAGUAGUUGAUGCACUUUCUAGAGUGACUGGAGCUGAAUUUCUGGCUUUGAUAAUUUCACCUACUAAUAUUGAUCUUUUUCAAGCUAUAGUGGCGAGUUGGCAUUCAGAUCAGGAGUUGCAUCAGUUAAUCACCGAGCUACAGGCGGAUCCUACUUCCCACAGCCAAUUCACUUGGUUACAGGGAGUUGAAGCUACCCUCAAGAGAUUGUUGACACUGUUUUAUUGGAAGAACAUAAGGACGGAGGUGAAGGAAUUCAUUCAAAAAUGUGAUGUAUAUCAAAAGAACAAGUCUGAUUUGGUUGCAUACCCUGGUUUGUUACAACCCUUGCCAAUUCCUGAGGUAGUUUGGUCUCAAAUCAGUAUGGAUUUCAUUGAUGGUCUUCCUAAGUCUAAAGGGCAUGAGGUGAUUUUGGUGGUGGUUGAUAGACUCAGCAAAUAUGGUCAUUUCCUUCCCUUGAAACACCCUUAUACAGCUCAAUCAGUUGCUCAAGUUUUCUUGGAUACCGUUGUCCGACUCCAUGGUCUUCCAGAUGCUAUUACUAGUGAUAGAGAUGCUGUUUUUUUGAGCUCCUUCUGGCAAGAGCUCUUUACUCUGCAAGGUGUAUUGUUGAAUACCUCUACGGCUUAUCAUCCUCAGUCUGAUGGACAAACUGAGGUGUUAAACAGAUGCUUGGAAACCUAUUUGCGAUGCUACUGUAAUGAUGAUGCUUCAAAUUGGUUAGCUUGUUUACCUAUGGCUGAGUACUGGUAUAAUACUUGUUUUCACUCAGCCAUUCAAACAACCCCUUAUGAGGCUUUAUAUGGUCGACCCCCACCCCUCCAUCUUCCUUAUGCUUCUACUGAAGUUGACACUACGUUGGUGAAUAUAGAGCUCAAGUUGCAGCUACUGAAACAGCACUUACUAAGAGCUCAGCUUCGGAUGAAGCAACAGGCAGACUCUCAUAGGAGUGAUAGACAAUUUUCUGUUGGAGAUUGGGUUUAUUUUAAAGUGCAGCCUUAUAAACAAGCUACAAUAUCUCAACACUCUUCCCACAAGCUAGCUGCUAAGUAUUAUGGCCCAUUUCAGAUCAUCAAGAGAGUUGGUCCGGUGGCUUACACCCUCCUUUUGCCUAGUUCAGUGAAGAUACACCCUACUGUGCAUGUGUUAUUGUUAAAGAGGUGUUAUGGGGUUCCUUCCUCCAUUUCUUGUCCUCCUACUGUUGAUUUGGCUAAUCCAAAUUGUCCUGGUCCUGAAUCUGUUUUGCAAAGAAGGAUGGUUAAGAGAGGCAACAAAGUUGUUGCUCAGGUGUUGGUUAAAUGGGUUGGACUGCUACUGAUGUUGCCACUUGGGAAUUUGCUACUGUCCUGA